CGCUGAGUAGCCAUUUUGGUCCCACCUAAAACAGACAGCCGAGCUCCGCUUUGGGGGCCGCCGGAGAUGGAAGCAGAGGAGCCGACGGCGAGUAUUUCGACCAGCAAGCCCGUUUGAAACCCCUCCAUAUUCACAGACGUGUGACAUUUGAGGCCAUGGCUCGUCGUUGCUAGGCGGACUGGCUGUCGCUGGAGAGAGGAGGAGGAGGAGGGGGGAAAAGCCCGGGGUGUGUUUUUUUUUUUUUUUUUUUGGAAGCGGCGACCGACAGCGCCAACGUUGGCGGAGUUAGCUUCGCCCGAACGGACCGAGAUUUUGGCUGGAGUCGAAGCCAGGCUUGGAUCCAUGUUGAGACUCUGCGACUGUGCCCCUUUUCCGCUGUCGGCUUGAACAAGUCACUGGACUUCUCUGGAACAACUAAAGAUGUCAACCAAAACUCCUUUGCCUACCGUCAACGAGAAGGCGACAGAAAGUCACACGUCUCACAGCAAUGGCCGACAGGAAAUCAGCUCGCGCUCGUCCCGCUCCGGUGUGCGCUCCCGGAGCUCCGAGGACUCGCAGCAGCCCCACGUGGGCAACUACCGCCUCCUCAAAACCAUCGGGAAAGGAAACUUCGCCAAGGUUAAGCUGGCCCGACACAUCCUCACGGGCAGGGAGGUGGCCAUUAAAAUAAUAGACAAGACGCAACUAAACCCAAACAGCCUUCAGAAGCUCUUCAGAGAAGUCAGAAUAAUGAAGAUCUUGAAUCAUCCCAAUAUUGUCAAGCUGUUUGAGGUGAUUGAGACGGAGAGGACGCUCUACCUGGUGAUGGAGUACGCCAGCGGAGGAGAGGUCUUCGACUACCUGGUAGCACAUGGAAGAAUGAAGGAAAAAGAGGCCAGGGCUAAAUUUAGACAGAUUGUAUCAGCGGUACAGUACUGCCACCAGAAGCACAUUGUCCACAGAGACCUCAAGGCUGAGAACCUUCUCCUGGACGCAGACAUGAACAUAAAGAUCGCCGACUUUGGCUUCAGCAACGAGUUUACUUUAGGCAACAAGCUAGACACCUUCUGCGGCUCGCCGCCAUACGCCGCCCCCGAGCUCUUCCAGGGCAAGAAGUACGACGGGCCGGAGGUGGACGUUUGGAGUUUGGGCGUCAUCCUGUACACGCUGGUCAGCGGCUCGCUGCCCUUUGACGGACAGAACCUCAAGGAGCUCCGCGAGCGGGUGCUGCGAGGAAAGUACCGCAUCCCCUUCUACAUGUCCACGGACUGCGAGAACCUUCUCAAGCGCUUCCUGGUCCUCAACCCAGCCAAGCGCGGUACUCUCGAGGUGAGGGAGGACGCCGAAAACCAAAUCAUGAAGGAUCGAUGGAUCAAUGCGGGAUUCGAGGAAGACGAGCUCAAGCCUUACGUUGAACCAGAGCUGGACAUCACCGAUCAGAAGAGAAUAGAUGUUAUGGUGGGGAUGGGCUACAACAUGGACGAGAUCCAGGAGUCUCUAGCCAAGAUGAAGUACGACGAAAUCACGGCCACCUACCUGCUGCUGGGCAGGAAGGCGUCCGAGCAUGAGCCCAGCGAGUCGGCCUCCAGCAGCAACCUGUCCCUCGCCAAGUCCAGACCUAACAGCGAGCUCAAUGGUCAGUCGCCCUCCCACCUCAAAGUCCAGAGGAGUGUCUCGUCCAACCACAAGCAGAGACGUUACAGUGAACAAGUGGGCCAGAACGCCCCGCCAGGUAUGGCGCAUCCAAAGCGCAGUCAGACGAGCACCGCCGACAACAGUGGGAAGGACGAGGGUGGUGUCCAGCUCCGUAAACCCGGCACCCCUGGGAGCCGCGGCGCCCCGCCCUCCAGCCCGCUGCUGGGUAACGCCAACAACCCCAACAAGGCGGACAUUCCUGACCGUCGGAAAGGUGCCGCCGCCAGCCAGAGUAACAACACUGCGUCCGCGGGCAUGACCCGAAGGAACACGUACGUGUGCAGCGACAGGAACAACACGGACCGUCUGUCCGUCAUUCCUAACGGGAAGGAGAACAGCAUGACCGAGAUGGCUCGCGCCGCCAGCCCUUCCCCCUCCCUCGUGGCCACCGCGCUCGGCGCCUCGUCCGGCUCGGUGCGGCUGAGGUAUCAAACGGCCAGCCCCUUGUACGCUUGCCAGGCAGGCUGGGCCACGCUGCCCCACUCCUACUACGCUUUGGACUACUGCUCGCCCAACGUGGCCAUGUCGCCGGGCGGCCAGAGGAACCCGGUGGCGUCCACCCACAGCAUCUCCAACUCCGCCACACCCGACCGGUUGCGUUUCCCGCGAGGCACCGCCAGCCGCAGCACCUUCCACGGCGGCCAGCUGAGGGACCGCCGCACGGCCACAUACAACGGCCCGCCGGCCUCGCCGACCCUCUCCCACGACGCCUCGCCGCUCUCCCAGACGCGCAGCCGUGGCAGCAGCAACCUGUUCUCCAAGCUCACCUCUAAGCUGACCCGCAGAGUCUCCACCGAGUUUGAGAGAAACGGGAGACUUGCGGGCUCAAGUCGCCAUGUACCUGGGGAUCAAAAAGGGGAAAACAAGGACGGUAAGCCCCGCUCCCUCCGAUUCACCUGGAGCAUGAGGACCACCAGCUCCAUGGAGCCCUGCGACAUCAUGAGGGAGAUCCGCAAGGUGCUCGACGCCAACAACUGCGACUACGAGCAGCAGGAGAGCUUCCUGCUCCUCUGCGUGCACGGCGACGGGCGAGCGGAGAACCUGGUGCAGUGGGAGAUGGAGGUGUGCAAGCUGCCCCGCCUCUCGCUCAACGGCGUGCGCUUCAAGAGGAUAUCCGGCUCAUCCAUCGCUUUCAAAAACAUUGCUUCCAAAGUUGCCAACGAGUUAAAGCUAUGAGGAAGAACGAGGCGGGGUUCAAAGUAUCCUAUAUCUAGAAGUAUUUAAGCUGUACAAUCAUCCACGUAGCAGUUUCCAAAUGUCUCCUUUUAUAUAAAAAAACAACAACAAAAUACAGAGUAUGUAUUGAUUAUAAUGUAUAGGUUAAGGCUUUUGGCAAUAAUCACUGAAUUAUCUACUAAUAUCUCAGUCUGUUCUGGCCACAAGAGGGCGACAUAGCGAGUUGAAUUGUCAUGCUGUGAAUGUGGACGACAAAAAAAAAGCAUUUCUAGUCUUAUUUAUUUUACUUAUUUUUUUUUUUUUUUCCUCUUGAAAAAGAAAUAAAAAACACGUAGCGUUUAUUUUUAUUGUUUUUUUGAUUCCCGUGUAAAUAAUAGUAUCUCUCACGUUCAAGAUGUUUUCUUUCUUUUUGUAUUUCGGUUUCAAAUUGGGGAAAGAGAGAGAAAGAAAUAACCCGAGAUGACGGCGAGUCCGUGUAAGCGCCCGCCCACGUGGUUUAAAGGUCACAUGCCUCAAUUAAAGUGUCUGUCAACUUGAA